AUGGUCUUUACAUGUAAACAUAGAGACACAACAGUAGAUCAACUCUCAAAUGACUCCCCAAUCUCAGUCCACAAUAAAGAGAAAGAGCUCCUUGUUCUUGUUUGGGUUUGGCCUUUUAGUGAGCAUUUCCCAUUAAAUACUUGUCAAAGUGUUUAUGGCAUCUCUGGUUGCAAACUGACCGCAGACCGAAACCUCUACAACAAAGCUGAUGCUGUAGUCAUGCACCAUAUAGACAUCAUGUACGACAAACGUUUGUUACCUCAGGAUCCAAGGCCUCAUUACCAGCGCUGGAUUUGGUUCAACAUGGAACCCCCUUUGAUCGCUAAAAAUCUCCACUUCUUAGACAAUAUGUUCAAUAUGACCAUGACAUUCCGCCAGGACUCCGAUGUCUAUAGACCUUAUGGUCGUAUUGAAGCUCUGAAACAGCCUCAAAACUUCACCAUUCCAGCAAAGUCCAAAUUGGUAGCUUGGGUGGUCAGUCAGUGGUAUCCAGGUGCACGGCGUAAUGAGUACUAUGAGGAGCUGGAUAAGUACAUUCCAAUAGAUGUUUAUGGAAAGAACCACAUGACGUUAUCUUGGGAUGACUUUUGUAAAACCAUUUCUCAGUACAAGUUUUACUUGGCCUUUGAAAAUUCCAUUCACAAGGACUAUAUAACUGAGAAGUUUUGGCACAAUGCUUUUGAGUCUUGGGCUGUACCUGUCGUGUUAGGUACAUCUAGGAAAAACUAUGAAAGAUUUAUACCUGGGGAUGCUUUCAUCCACGUUGAUGACUUCCCAAGUGCAAAGGGCCUAGCAGAUUACCUUCUUCAGUUGGACAAUGAUGAUGAAAGAUACAAGAAAUACUUCAACUGGAGAUCAUUGUAUCGAGUGAGACGCGAAACUGGGUGGGACAAUCACUACUGCAAAGCAUGUCGGGGAUUGAGGCAAGCUCCAGAUUACCAAUUCAUUCCCAGUGUGGAAAAGUGGUUUUUAAAGGGGAAUAAUGUAUAG